GAAGUGAUGCUUCCACACAUUUCCGCUUUCUUUCUGCAGGAGGAACAGUUGGCUGCGGGGUCGGGGGGCGCGGUGGAUAUUGACCUUUGCCCCAGUCUCGUCGCGAGGGCACAGCGCAUCUCCCAGCAGCCUCCUUCCUCUGACAGAACCCGUUUCCGGCUUCCGAGGCUCCAGCGAGAUGCUACUAGUGCUGCUGCUGCUGCCCAUGUGUUGGGCCGUGGAGGUCAAGCGACCCCGGGGCGUCUCCCUCACCAACCAUCACUUCUACGACGAGUCCAAGCCUUUCACUUGCCUGGAUGGUUCUGCCAGUGUCCCUUUUGAUCAGGUCAAUGACGACUACUGUGACUGCAAAGAUGGCUCAGAUGAACCAGGCACAGCCGCCUGUCCCAACGGCAGCUUCCACUGCACCAACACUGGCUACAAGCCCCUGUACAUCUCCUCCAGAUGGGUCAACGAUGGAGUUUGUGACUGCUGUGACGGGACGGACGAAUACAACAGCGGGAUCGUCUGUGAGAACACCUGCAAAGAGAAGGGCCGUAAGGAGAGAGAGACUCUACAGCAGAUGGCGGAGGUGACCCGCGAGGGGUUCCGCCUGAAAAAGAUCCUAAUUGAGGACUGGAAGAGGGCCCGAGAGGAGAAGCAGAAAAAGCUCACUGAGCUGCAGGCUGGAAAGAAGUCACUGGAGGACCAGGUGGAGUUGCUGCGGACACUGAAGGAAGAAGCUGAGAAGCCAGAGAAGGAGGCCAAGGACCAGCACCGGAAGCUGUGGGAAGAGCAGCUGGCCGCCUCCAAGGCCCAGCGAGAGCAGGAGCUGGCGACCAGUGCCUUCCAGGAGCUGGACGAUGACAUGGACGGGGCGGUCUCCGUGGCCGAGCUGCAGACCCACCCGGAGCUGGACACAGAUGGGGACGGGGCAUUAUCAGAAGGGGAAGCCCAGACCCUUCUCGGGGGAGACACGCAGACAGAUGCCGCUUCCUUCUCUGACCGCAUCUGGGCUGCCAUCCGGGACAAGUACCGGUCCGAGGUGCUGCCCACCGACCUGCCGUCGCCUUCUGCACCCGCCUUGACGGAACCCAAGGAGGAGCAGCCCCUGGGGCCCUCACAGCCCGCAGAGGAGGAGGACGAGGAAGAAGAGGAGACAGAGGAGGAGGAGGGUGGGGAGGAGGGGGAGGACGAGGAUUCCCAGGUGCCAGGGGAGCAGCCCAAGGAGACCCCACCCCCAGUCGUGCCCCCCCAGACAGUCAGCCCCACAGAGGAGGACAAAAUGCCGCCCUACGAUGAGCAGACACAGGCCUUCAUCAAUGCUGCCCAGGAGGCCCGCAACAAGUUUGAAGAGGCCGAGCGGUCCCUGAAGGACGUGGAGGAGUCCAUCAGGAACCUGGAGCAGGAGAUUUCCUUUGACUUUGGUCCCAACGGCGAGUUUGCCUACCUGUACAGCCAGUGCUACGAGCUCACCACCAAUGAGUACGUCUACCGGCUCUGCCCCUUCAAGCUCGUCUCGCAGAAACCCAAACUCGGUGGCUCCCCCACCAGCCUCGGCACCUGGGGCUCGUGGGCUGGCCCCGACCACGACAAGUUCAGCGCCAUGAAGUAUGAGCAGGGCACAGGCUGCUGGCAGGGUCCCAACCGCUCCACUACUGUGCGCCUGCUGUGUGGGAAGGAGACAGUGGUGACUAGCACCACGGAGCCCAGCCGCUGCGAGUACCUCAUGGAGCUGAUGACACCGGCCGCCUGCCCAGAGCCACCGCCCGAACCGCCUGCCUCGGGCAACCGCGAUGAGCUCUAGCCCCGCCCUGCCCCGCCCGGCCCGGCCCAGAGGUGGGUGGGGAGAACCUCAAGACGUGGAACCAGCCCCCAGCGGUGCUGCCCGCCUGCCCCUCAGUCUGUAGACCAAGGCUUGCCCCUCUGGGUCUCCUUGCCCUCCCCAGCGGGCAGGAACCGGGUGGGGCUCCAUGCCCUGCUCUGGGGGCAGGCGGGGCAGAGCCACGGUCCCCGGCCCCAGGUGCCUCUACAGGUGGAAUAAAGGAGCCUGCCCUCCCUGGACCCCCGCCCUGGUGGCACCCCCGCCACCCAACCCUGUCCCCCACCCAGGGCAUCUGCCUCCCCUCCUGGUGCGGAAGAGUGACUUGACCUGUGACCUCCAAACAAUAAACGUGAUCUCCCCAA